UGAUAAAAGAUUAAGAAUCUGGAAAUAUGUAAUUAUGUAUUGACUAUUGAUUUGAAACGCAACAGACACUAUCUAAUACACGAUAUAUCUUUGUUUACGUUGGCGAGAAAUGAAGUCAAAGAGAGAAGCGUCUACAUAUUGGUUUAGAGUUCAUGACUGAUCAAACAAGAGAGGAAAAAACCGACUUAAGGAUCGGCAUUGCACUGUGCCACUUUAGAAUAUGGGUAAUAUGACAUGUUGUAUGCCUCAUUCUGCCAGCGAUCAUAACUUUGAUAGAAACGCUAUUUACUCACCGAAACGUGGCGAUGCAAGUAACCUAGAUUUACCCCACAUCAGCGAGCGAGAAGAUCUGAGCAACCACCAAGGAACGUUAUUUAUGCAAAGGUCUAUAAAAUUUUUAGGGAGGGGAUAUUUACGUGGAAAACGGGCAAUUUCCAUGAAUGUUGAUCUUCGUCGGAAGCAGAAUGGUGAAGUAUAUUAUAAUCCAAGACUUUCAAAAAAGUGCAGCUCAUGUUCAACAAUUUUCCUUGAUGAUAGCACAGUUAGUCAGCCUAAUUUGAAAUCAAUGGUUAAAUGUGUCUCUGUUGCAGUCUAUUUUCUAAUAAAAUACAGGGAUGCGGAAACUAGAACACUUGAUAUUUUUGAUGAAAAACGACAUCCAUUAACGCGGGAAUAUGUAACAGAUGAUUAUGAUGUGGUGGACCCAACACAAAGACAGAUUUAUAAAUUUAUAAAAACACUGUUCCAUGCUGCACAAUUAACUGCAGAAUGUGCAAUAAUAACAUUGAUAUACUUGGAGAGAUUACUAACAUACGCUGAGAUUGAUAUAUAUCCAGGAAACUGGAAAAGGAUAGUUCUUGGUGCUAUAUUACUUUCUUCAAAAGUUUGGGAUGAUCAAGCCGUUUGGAAUGUGGACUAUUGUCAAAUACUAAAAGAUAUAACAGUCGAAGAUAUGAAUGAAUUAGAAAGAUCGUUUUUGGAAUUUCUUCAGUUCAAUAUCAACGUGCCUUCAAGCGUGUAUGCGAAAUACUAUUUUGAUCUAAGGUCGUUGGCUGAGGAAAACGAACUGGCUUUUCCACUGGAGCCAUUGAGUAGAGAAAGAGCGAAAAAACUCGAGGCAAUUUCAAGUAUCUGUGACAACAACCUAACAGACUUGUCUUUACCAAAUCUAAAAAGAACUUCAAGUCUCGAUGCAAUGACGUCGAAACGAUCUAGCAUGGCCAUACUGUCAUGACACUGAUUGUGCACAGUAUUCGGCUCGUACUCGUAAACGGUCGCCUGCGAAGGUGGACCCGAGAGGCCUUGAAUCGUAGCGCGUCGGAUGAGACCGUGUUAGCUUAGUCGGUGGAUAAAUUUAAGAGCAUAGUCAUAAAUUUCAAAUCUUGUUACAUAUAUCAAGGUAUAUUAUACGGUAAUUCAAAGAAAUGAAAAUGACCGACUUCGCUAACCCGCGAGCUGAACCUGAAGAGUUUUAGCACGGUUUUCGUAUGAGAUAUAAUAUAAUAUGGGUAUAAUGUGCUUGCUGGCUGCAACAAGCUUACCAAAUUGGUCUCAGGAGAUAGUUUUAAUAUUUUACUGUGUGAAUACACGCGAGAAAAACGCUUUAAGACAUUGUAAUAACUGAAAAUUUUUUCAACAAAAUAUGUCCCUAAUUAUUAGUGGCAUUAUAGCUGUGAGAAGUCACAGUACAUCAUGAAAAUAAAAUGAAAAUAAACUCUAGGUUGAGUUCUGUAUUUCUGAACCGUUCUGAAGUAACUUAUUUCGACCUAUAUCUCAAUAGCACAAAAUCCAAUUUUAUCGGAUCCAAUGUACUUCUGAUGUAUGGAAUUACAUAAUUAUUGAUAAAGCAGGACGGCAUUGACUUCAAUUGAUUUGCUACCUAAGUCAAUAGUCUAUAUUCCGUACACUGGAAAAGAAUUGGAUGCGCUAAAAUUGGUUGGUGUGAUACAUAAUAAGGGAACACGUCCUAUUGUCAUGCAUGGCCAAAACCCUAAGAAGAUAGAAUAUCUGCUUGCAUUGAAUGCUUUCUCGCAGAUUAUGUUAUCUGCCCCAUAUGUAAACGCUAUUUAUUACACCAAGACAAGCAAGUGAUUUUUGCUCCUGCGGAAUGAGA